GCUUUAACUUUAAGAGCCCAUAUUUAAAGAGAAGUGGGGUUUGGGAUUUGAGAAUCUUUACUACUGUUGUUCUUUUUGUUUCCCAAUAAAAGAUUAUUGGGAAACAUGGAACAAGAAAAAAGCAGUGUGGUCACGAUGAAGAAGAAUAGUAGGAAGGGUUCUAUAAGCUCCAUGUUCAUGCAUGCCGAUGGUGUGGACUUGUUGUUGAUGAUUUUUGGGUUCUUUGGGUCCGUUGGUGAUGGGCUUAUUACGCCUUUGGUGUUAUUUAUCGCUAGCCACUUGAUGAACAAUAUUGGCACUGGUUCUUCAGCAGUUUCUUUAGCAGACAGCUUUUCGAAUAGCAUCAAUAAGAAUGCAUUGGCUCUAGUGUACUUGGCUUGUGGGUCAUUUGUAGCUUGUUUCCUAGAGGGGUAUUGUUGGACAAGAACAGGUGAGAGACAAGCUGCAAGAAUGAGAGCUAGAUAUUUGAAAGCAGUGCUAAGGCAAGAUGUGGGUUACUUUGAUUUGCAUGUGACAAGCACAUCGGAGGUCAUCACAAGUGUCUCUAAUGACAGCCUUGUAAUCCAAGAUGUUCUAGGCGAAAAGGUUCCGAACUUUGUGAUGAAUGCGUCUAUGUUCUUUGGAAGCUACAUAGCAGCGUUCUUAUUGCUAUGGAGAUUAGCUAUUGUGGGGUUUCCUUUUAUUGUGCUUUUGGUAAUACCUGGUUUGAUGUAUGGGAGGACUCUAACUGGACUGGCUAGGAAGAUCAGGAAAGAGUAUAAUCAAGCUGGUACAGUAGCUGAGCAAGCAGUAUCUUCUAUUAGAACCGUCUAUGCCUUUGUUGGUGAAAGCAAGACAAUAGAAACAUUCUCGUCAGCUUUACAAGGGUCAGUUGAGUUGGGAUUAAGGCAAGGCUUGGCUAAAGGCUUGGCCAUAGGAAGCAACGGUGUUGUUUUUGCUAUUUGGUCUUUCAUGGCUUACUAUGGUAGCAGACUUGUUAUGUACCAUAACGCCAAAGGUGGAACUGUUUUCGUUGUUGGCGCUGCCAUUGCUGUUGGUGGAUUGGCAUUUGGUUCUGGAUUAUCCAACGUGAAGUACUUUUCUGAAGCAUCUGCAGCAGGAGAACGAAUAAUGGAAGUAAUAAAAAGGGUCCCUAAGAUUGAUUCUGACAACAUGGAAGGUGAAAUUAUAGAAAACGUUUCAGGCAACGUGGAAUUCAAGCAUGUAGAAUUUUCAUACCCUUCAAGGCCAGAGAGCAUUAUCUUCAAAGACUUCUGCUUAGAGAUUCCAGCAGGAAAAACUGUGGCCUUAGUGGGUGGGAGUGGCUCAGGAAAAUCCACUGUGAUAUCACUGCUGCAGAGGUUUUAUGACCCACUUUCCGGAGAUAUACUUCUUGAUGGGGUUGCCAUUAAUAAGUUGCAGCUCAAGUGGCUAAGGUCACAGAUGGGCUUGGUGAGCCAAGAGCCUGCACUGUUUGCAACCACAAUUAAGGAAAACAUACUCUUUGGUAAAGAAAAUGCUACAAUAGAAGAGAUUGAAGAGGCUGCCAAAGCUUCUAAUGCUCAUAAUUUCAUUAGUCAGCUGCCUCAGGGAUAUGAUACACAGGUUGGUGAGAGGGGUGUUCAAAUGUCAGGAGGACAAAAGCAAAGAAUAGCCAUUGCACGAGCAAUAAUCAAGAAACCAAGAAUCCUACUCCUAGACGAGGCCACAAGUGCACUAGACUCAGAAUCCGAACGAGUUGUCCAAGAAGCUCUUGACAAGGCCUCAGUUGGGCGCACCACAAUUGUCAUUGCUCACCGAUUAUCCACCAUUCGAAAUGCUGAUGUGAUUGCUGUUGUCCAAAAUGGCCAAGUCAUGGAAACAGGUUCACACAACGAGUUAAUCGAAAACGAACAUGGCCUUUACAACGCACUUGUACACCUUCAACAGAGAGAACCAGAAGAGAACACUCAUGCUUCAUCUUCUAUAUCAAACAUGGACAUCAACAACACAAGCAGUCGUAGACUCUCAGUAGUGAGUAGGUCUAGUUCAGCUAACUCAAUAGCUGGGCUAAGCCGUGGUGGUUCACUAGGUGAUCAAGAAGAUGGAAUAGUAGAAGAAAAAAAAUUCCCAGUUCCAUCUUUUCGAAGAUUGUUGGCUUUGAAUCUCCCAGAGUGGAAACAAGCUAGCUUAGGUUGUUUAGCUGCUACAGUGUUUGGUGCGGUUCAACCAUUGUAUGCAUUUGCAAUGGGGUCAAUGAUAUCGGUGUAUUUUUUGACGAGUCAUCAGGAGAUUAAGGAUAAGACAAGGAUUUACUCAUUGUGUUUUCUUGGGUUGGCUGUGUUAUCGAUGGUUGUUAAUAUUACACAGCAUUAUAAUUUUGCUUACAUGGGAGAGUACUUGACCAAGAGGAUCAGGGAAAGGAUGCUUUCAAAGAUUCUCACUUUUGAAGUUGGUUGGUUUGAUCAGGAUGAGAAUUCUAGCGGUGCCAUUUGCUCUAGACUUGCCAAAGAUGCCAAUGUGGUGAGAUCUUUAGUGGGUGACAGAGCAGCCCUUGUUGUACAAACCAUCUCAGCUAUAGUUGUAGCCUUCACAAUGGGCUUGGUCAUUGCAUGGAGGCUCGCUAUUGUCAUGAUAGCAGUCCAACCACUCAUCAUAAUAUGCUUCUACACAAGGCGUGUACUACUCAAAAACAUGUCUCAAAAGGCCAUUAAAGCCCAAGAUGAAAGCAGCAAACUCGCUGCUGAAGCUGUUACCAACCUCAGAACUGUCACUGCCUUCUCUUCCCAAGAAAGAAUUCUUCAAAUGCUUGAAAAAGCCCAAGAAGGCCCACGCCGCGAGAGCAUAAGACAAUCAUGGUUUGCUGGCAUUGGGCUAGCUUUGUCUCAAAGCCUCUCAACUGCUAGUUGGGCUUUAGACUUUUGGUAUGGUGGGAAGCUUAUAGCCAAAAGUUACAUCUCAGCUAAAGCUCUCUUUGAGACCUUUAUGAUUUUGGUAAGUACAGGCCGUGUUAUUGCUGAUGCUGGAAGUAUGACUACAGACCUUGCAAAGGGUUCUGAUUCUGUUGGGUCAGUCUUUGCUGUUUUGGACCGAUACACAAGAAUUGAGCCUGAAGACUCAGAAGGUUUCCAGCCUGAAAAAAUAACAGGCCAUGUUGAAAUUCGUGAUGUGUACUUUGCAUACCCAGCUAGGCCUGAUGUGAUCAUAUUCCAAGGCUUCUCAAUCAACAUAGAAGCUGGGAAAUCAACAGCAUUGGUGGGACAAAGUGGGUCUGGAAAAUCAACCAUCAUAGGAUUAAUUGAGAGAUUCUACGACCCAUAUAAAGGUAUGGUGAAAAUUGAUGGUAAAGAUAUAAGGUCAUACCAUUUAAGGUCACUAAGGAAACACAUUGCACUUGUUAGCCAAGAACCAACACUAUUUUCUGGCACAAUUAGGCAAAACAUUGCUUAUGGAGCAUCCGAUAAAGUUGAUGAAACAGAAAUCAUUGAGGCAGCUAAGUUAGCCAAUGCUCAUGAUUUUAUCUCAGGAUUAAAAGAAGGGUAUGAAACAUCAUGCGGGGAUAGAGGUGUGCAAUUAUCUGGGGGUCAGAAGCAACGUAUUGCAAUAGCCAGGGCUAUACUGAAAAACCCAUCAGUGUUAUUGCUAGACGAGGCAACUAGUGCACUCGAUAGUCAAUCAGAGAAAGUAGUGCAGGAUGCACUGGAGAAAGUCAUGGUUGGGAGGACUAGUGUGGUUGUGGCACACAGGUUAAGCACCAUCCAAAACUGUGAUAUGAUUGCUGUGUUGGAUAAAGGAAAAGUGGUGGAGAAAGGGACCCACUCAUCUUUGUUAGCAAAGGGACCCAACGGAGCUUACUACUCACUAGUUAGUCUCCAAAGGAGAGCACCCCAGAAUAGCAACUCAUUCAACUAAUUAAUAUUAAGUUGUUUGGAAGUGAAUGGGGAUUGAAACUAAAGAUUUUGGUUGCCAUGAAAAUAGAUUGGAUUGGUGAAAUUGACACUACCAUAUCGAAUGGCACUCCAUGUUGCAUGAGCUUUGAGCUUUUUAUUUUUAGUAAUGAUCUAAUCUUUAAUCAAGUGUAAAGGUAUAGACCUUGCCCGCAGAAGGGGACUAUUAACUAUUAA